AUGGCAUCCAUCAAAGUCCAUGGAAGUGUGUUCUCGCCCGCUGUAAUGCGAGUCUUCGCUGCCCUCUAUGAGAAAGAGCUCCAGUUCGAGUUUGUCAACGUCGAUAUGAAAGGCGGAGCUCAUAAAAAAGAACCAUUCCUUUCUCUCAAUCCAUUUGGACAAAUACCCGCCAUGGAAGAUGGAGAUCUAAAGCUUUUCGAAUCAAGGGCAAUGACCAAAUACAUUGCACACAAUUACAAUGAUAAGGGGACGCAACUUUUAAUCCAAGAUCCAAAGAAGAUGGCAAUUGCGUCUGUGUGGAUGGAGGUGGAGGCUCACCAGUUUGACCCGCCGGCUAUGAAGCUGACCUGGGAGCUUGCUAUAAAGAAAAUGUUCGGCAUGGAGACGGAUGCAGCCGCGGUGGAGGAGAACGAGGGCAAGCUGGCUAAGGUUCUGGACGUGUACGAGUCUCGGUUGGCUAAGUCCAAGUACUUGGCUUCUGACUGCUUCACCAUUGCAGAUCUUCACCACCUCCCUAAUAUUCAGUACUUGAUGGGAACUCAGGCCAAGAAGCUGUUCGAUUCGCACCCCCAUGUCAGCGCAUGGUGCACCGAUAUCUUGGCAAGGCCAUCUUGGUCGAAAGUCAUGGCCAUGCAGAACCAAAAAUGA